AUGACAGAGGCCAUGGAUGAAAUUGAGCAGGGGUAUGCAGUGCAAGGAGGACCCGUUAUAGAGGACAAUGUCGUUCCGAUUCCGAAACCCUCAGAGAAUACCCCAGCGGUUGACGCGGCCAUGAGCGCACCAAUAGAAGCUGAUAAGAAAUCAUGUUGUCAAACUUGCAUGCGCUUUGAGGGCAGGAAGAUAGUCCAAGGAUUCAACAUUCUUGGCAUAGGACGAGGCCCCCUGCUCAUGUCGAAUGUCUUCCUUGUCACUGCGCUUACUUACUUAGCCAAUGAAGAAGCUGGGUGUGUCCAGGAAGUGGAAUCCGGCCACAUGGAAGUGAUAGACAAUUGCAAUGCCCGCGCCUUCGGGAUCAUACGGCCAACUUCGCUGAUGACCAAUGUCGCACUCAUCGCUGGACUCUUGUCGGCACUUUUGAUGCCUCUGUUGGGCGCCAUCAUUGAUUAUACUCCCUAUCGUUGGCAGGUGGGGGUAUUCUGUGCCAUUGCCCUGAUCGCCAUACAAGCAGUCCAGAUAGGCACCAACAGCUACACCUGGCUGGCCAUGGCCGUUCUGCAGGCAUUUGCCUGGUUCCUUUUCAAUGUAGAGAUUAUCACAACGUAUGCAUACCUUCCCGCCAUUGCGGGGCUGGUGUCGGAGCAAACCAUGAACCAAUACACGUCGGUUUUCUAUUCCAAUUUGUUCUCGUCACAGAUUGCGUUCAUGGUUCUCGUAGUCGCCUCUUCCAUGGCUCUUGAUUUGCAGGAUGUCGAAACCGCUCGAAUUAGCCAAGGCAUCAAUACCGUCAUCCUGAUUCCCACGUUCUACUUUGGUUGGAGGCUCAUGCCAAAGGUUUCGGCAAGGCACAAGCUGCCCAUCAACCCACGUACAGGGAAAUCACGAUCGCUGUGGACCUGUGGGAGCGUGGUGGCGGUCGUCUUCCUGACAGAAGAAAUGGGUCUAAGUUCGACCGAGAUCGGAGUUUUUUUCGUGGUGGGCAUGUUGGCGACGCCCUUUGGCACAGGUCUCAACUAUUUGGUGUCCAACAAGACAAACCCAAAGAUCUCCUACAUGCUUGUCAUGGUCUACAGUCAGGCCUCCGCCAUCAUUGGUGCCCUCACAUUGACUAAGGAGAACGUAAAACCGGGUGGUUACAUCUGGGCUAUUUUUGUAGGAUUGGGCACUGGCUGGUACAACCCCGCUCAGAUUCUGUUCUUUAGCAUGGUUACUCCUCGGAAUGGACAUGAAACAGAGCUGGCUGGGCUGUUCUCCUACUGCCUGGUCAUUUUGCUCUGGCUCCCGCAUCUCAUCUUUUCAUCCCUGGUGGAAGUUGGCGUUCCAGUUCAAUACGGCGUUAUUGCCAUAUCCGGUUUCUUCACAGUCAGUUUCCUUCUUCUCUGUAUGGCGGCACCAUGGACCGACAUUUUGGAAGAAACAGAGCAGGCCAGUACAGACGCCAUCAAUGAAGCGGAGAGCGCUGAGCAGAAUACUACACCUGAGAUUACGGAACAUGAAAAAGAGAACAGCAAUUCAGGCCGGUGGUGA